AUGUCGGCCACAGAAUCCCCGUCCUCUCCGGGUCCCGAUACGAGAGACGUCCCCCAUAUCCAUGAACACACCGAAACGCCGGCCGCUCCAACCGACCGCCUAGCUCAAACACAGGACGGUCUCGUCAGACCAGACAGCAGUCAAAUAGUCCAAAUGAGCGCGCAGGAUACAACAGAGGCACACCCCGCGGCUACUCCCUCCGAUCCCGCCGCGAUGGACUUGACGACUGCCCAACCACCACAGGCUGAGGCUGAGCAACUUGCGGGGCAGCUGGAAGGACUGUCGGUCUCCGGAGAUGCGACUCCAAAUCUGUCAUCCAGCGCAAAUACUCCUCCGCCCCCUCCGCCCCAGAAAGAUGAUGUCUACCUCAACCUGACAAGUUCUACGACCACUGCGCCAACGCUGCCAUCUAUCGAUCCAAACCACACCCCCGGCCCCGAAAAAGAGCUCCCAGAUGUGCCUAGUGACAGUGACCCGGAAUUUAAACGAGCUGGUCAGGCUGAAGGACCUCGGGACGAUAAUGCCUCCCAGCCAGAGAUUCAAAGUAUCAUGGGACAAUUCCAGGACCCCGCGCAGAGCACCGACCAAAAUGUGAUCAUGUCACCACGGCUUGAGCUUGCUGAGCAACUGCGAAGCGGUCCAACAUAUUUCCCGCCACGCCAAUCCAGUUUGGACCAUGCGGCUUCCACCGAGUCCGUGACCGCUCCGGUCGCUACCCCGGAGAAGCAGCCUGUAUCCCAACGUCCGCAGAUGCCCGAAUCGCCGGUACCAAACCGGAGAGCGUCCACCUCGACGAUCCUACCGCUGCCGGAACCAGAGCCUGACCAACCAUUCGAUUUUCACCGCUUCCUAGAACAGCUGCGACACCGCACCGCCGACCCCGUAGCCAAGUUUCUGCGGUCAUUCCUCAUGGAGUUUGGCAAGAAGCAAUGGAUGGUUCACGAGCAAGUCAAGAUCAUCAGCGAUUUCUUGACGUUUAUCACAAAUAAGAUGGCCAUGUGCGAGAUCUGGCGAGAUGUUUCGGAUAGCGAGUUCGACAAUGCCAAGGAAGGCAUGGAGAAACUUGUUAUGAAUCGUCUGUAUUCGCAGACUUUCGCCCCAGCCAUUCCAUCUCCACCGACGAUACCCAGAAGCGCAAGUCGGACCCGACGGAGAGAGCUAGAGAGGCUCCAUGGGCCGUGGCGACGUGGCCAGCAUCAGGAGGACGUUGAGCGAGACGAUAUCCUGGCUCAGAAGAUACGCAUUUACAGCUGGGUCAACGAAACACAUCUGGACAUCCCGACUGUGAGCGGUGGUGGACGCCGUUUCUUGAAUCUGGCACAGCAAGAAAUAUCAAAAAUCAAUGGCUACCGGGCUCCUCGAGACAAGGUCAUUUGCAUCUUAAACUGCUGCAAAGUCAUAUUUGGUUUAUUAAAGAAUUCCAAAAAGGCCGACACAUCUGCCGACUCUUUCAUCCCCCUCCUGAUCUAUGUGGUUUUGCAUGCAAACCCUGAUCAUCUUGUUUCUAACAUCCAAUAUAUUCUUCGAUUCCGCAACCAGGAUAAACUGGGCGGAGAAGCAGGUUAUUACAUUUCAUCGUUGUCUGGAGCCAUCCAGUUCAUCGAAACUCUCGACCGCACAAGUUUAACAGUCAGCGACGAGGAAUUCGAAAGCAACGUCGAAGCCGCCGUGUCCGCUAUCGCAGAACAAAACCGGGAAUCAGAAACCUUCGAAGAAAAACCUCCCACUCAACCCCCUCCAUCUCAGCCCCAGGCUGGACCAAGCCGCAAAGAAACUACUCAAUCCAGUGACGAAGACACCGCCCCAGUCGCAGGACUACUACGCACUAUCCAAAACCCCCUCUCCACCAUCGGCCGCAUCUUCUCCGACGACGGAGAUUCAGGCUCCGCUCCUCAAGAACGUCCUCAGCCUGUCCCGACACCCCAACCAGGUGUUGCUCCUCCCCGUCUCACUCCGAAUGUCUACCAGCCACCCCGCGCAAGCAGCGAGGACCGCCGCUCAGGCGAUGAGCGCGCCCGCGGUAGCGGAACCUCUGCGAAGAAGAAUCUAAGCCGUGUGCUCGACGCUCAGGAUGCUGCCGCACGCCAGGCUAGUGCUGAAGAUGCGGAGGCGCGUCGCAUCCAACGCGCUGAACAUAAUAAUGUUGUCGAGACACUCUCGAACAUGUUUCCCAACCUGGAUCAUGAUCUUAUUGACGACGUCGUUAAGAUGAAAGAGGGAAGGGUUGGUCUAGCUGUUGAUGCUUGUCUUGCUCUCAGCGCAGAGUAG